AUGGCGGCCACGGGGAACAUUGGGGGCGCCUUUGCGAGAAAUGCGAGUCUCCGCAACGCAAAGCGCGCCACAGGGACUAAUCAGUGUCGGGGCCGCAACGUGCUAAAUGAACCUGACGCAUGCAACGACGAUAACGAGGACGACAACAACGACAACGACAAGUACAACGACAACGACAAGUACAACGACAACGACAAGUACAACGACAACGACAAGUACAACGACAACGACAAGUACAACGACAACGACAAGUACAACGACAACGACAAGUACAACGACAACGACAAGUACAACGACAACGACAAGUACAACGACAACGACAAGCUAGUGGUGGUCCUUGCAACCAGGAGUGGACGUGACGUUGCAUCAUGGAAGGCAUUUUUUGACAUGAAAUUGAAAGAACUCCUGUCUGAACGACAUUUGGAGAUGAUAUCACAGCAGGGAAAAUAA